CUGCAACGUGAAGUUUCACCACUAGAUGUCACUAGAUUUUACUCACUGAACCUUAAAAAUGAGACGCACUGGAGAGGCAUAUGGAGCCAAAUCAUUGAGCCAAGUUACAUGUCACCGCAGAGCCGGCACCAUUGUUCCCGUGGCUAUGGUGGUGUCAGUGUGUACGACUGAUCGGGAAGCCUCGGGGUUAGUGGCAUGACGUUUGCCACACAUGCUCUGAGCUGCUGACCAAUCCCAAAAGAGUGGGUCAUUUGACCAAUCAGAGGAGACUGGUCUUUUUUGGGUGAGUGAAAAUGGAGCAUUUCAGGAAGAUGAUGAAAAGAGGCGCGGCAGAAAUGAACAGUAUUAGACAAAUAAUGAUAAUUUUAAACAUUACAUAAUGUAAAAAUUGUUAAAAAUUGUGCCCUUUAAAGUUCCAAUUAAAGUAAUAAAACAAACUGGAAAUGGCCUCCUGUCUAAAAGAGCAGCAUCUAUAGUCAAUAAAACAAAUGACUACCACUGUCUAAUCAUUACUGUUUGCAGCAUCAAUAACUCUUAUACAACAAACACAUGUGACACACACCCGAGAGCCGCCCCUGGCCUUUACUAUCGUGCUUCCAAGACAAGAGACCUCCAAGAAUCUGUAAAAUACACCCACUUCCCUCUCUCCUCCCCUCUCCUUCUCCUCUUCAUUAAGUUCAACUUUGCUCCGCUCAGAGCUGAGUGCAGACCUUCACAUGUAAAGUAAAGCCGUGUGGGCUCAUUGCUCAGCUAUGCAGUAGAGAGGAGGAUUAGCCUCAGCUCAGCACCAGUGCGAGGAUCUGGGCAUUUGGCCUGUUUUUAUUCAUCACCUGGCUGAUUCAGAGAGACACCACAACACUGUCCCUUUAUUUCACCCAAAUCUCCUCUUUUCUCCUUUUUUUUAUUCUUCCUCUCCUCCUCCCUCUCUCCUUGCACCCCUCUUUCCCCUCUCUCAUCCAUGACGCUUCUCUCAGAUGACCAGUCUGUGCUGCCACAGGCCUGCCAGGUGCCGGAGCCUGGCAAACACAUCACCUCUUCCUUGGACCAGUACUCGACAGACCGCACUGGCUUCAAACAGGACUACAUGGACAGUGGCGAGAGCGCCGUUUUUGGGGUCGUGGAGCCCCCCAGGCGCUCUCGGGGCCGCCUCAUCCUUCACGGCAUGGUCAUGUUUGGAAGGGAAUUUUGCUACGCCGUGGAGGCGGCCUUUGUCACGCCGGUGCUUCUGAGCGUGGGGCUUCCCCGCAGCCUGUACAGUCUGGUGUGGCUGCUCAGCCCCAUCCUGGGCUUCUUGCUACAGCCCAUCAUCGGCUCGGCCAGCGACUACUGCCGCUCGUCAUGGGGCCGGCGAAGGCCUUACAUCGUGGUCCUGGGCAUCCUCAUGCUCAUGGGACUCACCCUGUUCCUCAAUGGAGAUGCUGUCGUCUCAGCUCUAGUGAUUGACAGGGAGCAGAGGAGGGUAUGGGCCAUCGUGGUGGUGAUGUUCGGCGUCGUGCUGUUUGACUUCGCUGCCGACUUCAUCGACGGGCCCAUCAAGGCCUAUCUGUUUGACGUGUGCUCGCAUCAGGACAAGGAGCGAGGUCUGCACUACCACGCGCUCCUAACAGGCCUGGGCGGGGCCUUUGGUUAUCUGGUGGGCGCCAUGGACUGGGGUCAUUCCGUGAUGGGGCAGCUGCUGGGCUCCGAGUACCAAGUCAUCUUCUUCUUCGCAGCGCUGACCUGGAGCAUCUUCCUCACUGUGCACCUCUUCAGUAUUCCAGAGCAGGCUCUGGGCAAGGACCCAUCUUCCACUGACUCGUCACCUCCCAGUGCCCUGCGCACGCUGGGAUCCCACAGCAAUGGUUACGGAACAAUGUCUAAAGAGCUCGUCUCCACCGUCGUCCCAGCGUCGGUCCCGGACCUUAGGCCGAGGUCGUUCUCUGCUCUGGGCGAGGCCAACUCUGUCACCUCCAGUGCCAAGCAGCCAAACAAAGAGGCGCAGAAGAGGAUGACAUUCAGGUCGCUGAUGAAAGCCAUCAUCAACAUGCCAAGCCACUAUCGCUGCCUGUGUGUCAGUCACCUACUGGGAUGGACGGCCUUCCUCUGCAACAUGCUCUUCUUCACCGAUUUCAUGGGACAGAUUGUAUACAAGGGAAACCCUUAUGCAGAGCACAACUCGACAGCCUACACCACAUAUGAGAGAGGAGUGGAAGUGGGCUGCUGGGGACUGUGUAUAAACGCUGUGUCGUCUGCUCUCUACUCCUAUGUGCAGCGUUUCCUUCUCCCAUACAUCGGCCUGAAAGGAUUAUACUUCCUGGGCUACUUAGUGUUCGGUAUGGGCACCAGCCUGAUCGGCCUCUUCCCCAACAUCAUUGCCACGCUCAUCCUGUGCACCGUGUUCGGUGUCAUGUCCAGUACGCUCUACACCAUCCCAUUCAACCUCAUAUCAGAGUAUCAGCGUGAAGAGCAGGAGCAGUUGGCGAUGCAGGGAAUCAAAGAAACUCAACGAGGCACCGGUGUGGACUGCGCGGCGCUCACCUGCAUGGUCCAGCUGGCUCAGAUUAUCGUGGGCGCGGGGCUCGGCGCCUUGGUCAACCUGGCAGGAAGCGUAAUAGUGGUGGUCCUCUCGGCCUCGUCCGUGUCUCUGUUAGGCUGCAUCUUCAUCGCCUUCUUCAUCAGAUAUGUGGAAUGAUUCUGCUCAUGUAAAAUGUAUUUUAAAUGGUAUUUGUUUUAAUAAAUAAAGAUUCUUUAUUAUAUCUA